AUGACUGCAGUCAACGGCGCAAACGGAGGUGACUCACGGCCUGUCUUCUUCUUCGAUAUUGACAAUUGUUUCUACCCCGGACAGUUCUAUCCCGAUAAGUUCUUUGUCAAGCAUCUAGAGCUGACUUCGGAGGACGCCCAUAUGCUCCACCAAAAGUACUAUAAGGAGUACGGCCUGGCCAUUGAAGGCCUGACACGCCACCACCAAAUUGAUCCUCUUGAGUUCAACGAAGAAGUGGAUGAUGCUCUUCCUCUUGACAGGAUCCUGAAACCUAAUCCCAUGCUGCGCAAGCUGUUGGAGAGCCUGGACACCACCAAGGUGAAGCCCUGGCUACUCACCAAUGCCUAUGUCAACCACGGCAAACGGGUGGUCAAGCUGCUGGGAGUAGAAGACCUCUUUGAAGGUAUCACAUAUUGUGACUAUGGCCAGUUACCAUUAGUUUGCAAACCCAGCCAGGACAUGUAUGCCAAGGCAGAGAAGGAGGCCUGCGUUCCCAGUACGGAAUCGUGCUACUUUGUCGACGAUUCACACCUGAAUUGCACACAUGCCCAAGCUCGAGGGUGGACGACAGUUCAUUUGGUGGAACCAGGUGUCACCAUUCCCCGUAUCCCUGCCUCCAAAUAUCAGAUCUCAAGUUUGGAGGAGCUCCGAACCCAUUUCCCGGAUGUUUUCAAAUCGCAGGCAGCAGACGCUGUUUAG